UCUGCACCUAAUUAAUGAAAAUAUUCUCUCAGAGCUUGCUAGUUAGCCUUUCCUGCACUAUAAAUUGGGGGAUAAUUAACUCGAUCGGUCACAACUCAAGUUCGUUCAUGCCAAAUAUAGCCAACAAAUUAUAGUAGGCGUAGCUAGUGUGUGUCAAGUGUGAGGUGAUAAAUCUCUAUCUCAAUUAUUAAUAUAGGAGUAUUUGAUAGCUAAUGGGAGGAGGCAGGCAGAAGAAGUUGUCAUCCUUUUCAUUGUUCGGCAUGUUCAAAUCAUCAUCAAAGCCUCGAAGAGGAUCUGCAGGAGAGGUGGAUGAUCCUGAUCAGGCAACAAGUAGUACUAGUAGUAGUAAUGGUCGGAAGGUGUGGCCAAGCGAUGAAGACUACAAGGGACGUUGGGUGGCUGACCCCAACAUCAAUUUGAAAGCCACUGCUUUCAUCUCAAAGUUCCAUGAAACCCGCGUCUCCGAAUCCGAGACCCAAAUCUAUCAUCACGCCCUCAACCACUGAUGAUCACUCACUCAACCCCAUCCCAGAUCCAUCCAUCCUCAUUUCAUCUCUAGCUAUAGUUAUAUAUCAACUGCUUAAUUUGCUUAUAUCAUUACUCAAUUGUACCAUUGAUUUGUUUAGAUAUGCCCCAUGCAAUAACUACAUUAGAUAUUGUAUUUUCUA